GAUGCGGUUGAAUACCGGUACAGGUGGCCCCGGGUAUAGUGAGACACCUUUGCACUUACACGGCUCGCAAAUUUGAUAGAAAGCACGAAACGAAGGCGAAUUUGCGGCAAUGUCUAGCCCUAUGAGUCCUUCGUACGGCGUAGUAAGCGCGGCCUGCAAAGUUAAGCCUAUCACACUGACACUCACAUUAUUCGAGACGAGGUCACAAUGCGCUCAUUUUCCGAAAACCGGGGUAAUCUGAGACACCUGAUUUCAGCACUAAAACAGCCUCAAAAAGCGACUAGAACGCAUUGCCUUGCGGCAUAUUAACGUCAUAUAUCAUUAACAAUAUAAUAAGCAGCCGGAAACCUGCCAAUGGUCACAAGCCCUGCUUCACAAGAAGCUGCUUCUCCUUCGGCUGUUCCUGUUGCGUCUGCGUCAGCAGUGGUGUCGUCGUUAGCAUCUGCACCAGCAUCUGCACCAGCGACGGCGGCGGCAGCAGCAGCAGCAGCAGCAGCAGCAAUCUGCGCUGCCGUAGCAGCAGCGGCUUGCGCAAGUGCAGCGGCCAGGAUGUCCUCUGGCAGAAACUGCUCGUAUGCGUCGAGCCGUGUCCGAAGGAUUGUGUUGAUCGACACCAGCUGGCUGCGGUUCAUACCGGCCACAGCUUGCCGCCCCUCCAACAAGCGCUGCCGCUCGGCCUCCACAGCGGCUGCCUUCUCCUGGCGCGCACGCUCCCUUGCCUGCCGCUUCUCCUCAAUGCUGCGCUCUUCCGCUGCCCGCUUCUCCUCCUCCUCUCGCAGCUGGGACGCGAAGUCUUGACCAGUCAGCAGCAGGGGUAUCUUCACGCGGCGGGAUGGUCCUUCUUUCUCAGCUGGCAAGGGCGGCACCUGGACGAUUGCUGCCAGCUGCGAUUGCACGUCCGGCGCAUCGUUUCCGCCCUCGAGCUGUAACGCAGCUGUCGCGAGGGCGUCAAGACCCAUUGCCGGCUCAUCAUCUGCGUCGUCGCUGGUCUCCUCUGGGUCGCUCAGUACAGGGUUGCAGCUCGUGCGUGCACUUGCCAGGAAAGGCCAGUAUCUCGAUACCCAGCCGCUUAGCCUUGGCGAUGACGUCCGGGUGCUUGCGUGAGCUGUGACCAUCGACUACCAGUCCGACGGGAUUCUCUGGGCUGACACCGCCAGGUACGUUCUUCGCGAAGUGGUCUAGCCAGUCAGCGAAGACCUCGUGGUUGAUCAUGGCGGUCUUGGUGCAGACGAAGACCGCACCUGGCAUGGUCUCGUCGCAGUGCAUGAGGGGGUUCUGAGCUCGGCUAGUGCCCUUCACGAUGAAGGCAUGCGGAAUGAGGGCAUCUGGCGAAAAACACGUCACAGCUGCAAGACAUUUUGGCUCUUUUGAGGGGUUUACCUGCUCACUGACAGAUGAUAAGGCUGUUGGCGGUCCGGGUCGUGCACCGAUCUGCUGCUUGUUGCUGGCGUAGCGGGCGAAUGUGGCAGGAUGGAUGCCACAGUGCAUUGCGGCUUUCCUGCCGCUGCAUUUUGUUCGUCUCAUGAACUCCAAACCCUCCGCAAGCUCUUCGUCCGUCCAUGUCUUCAGCUGUUUUACUGGCUUUUCUGCAGCUGGCUUCGCGGCUUUGCGCUUCUUUGUGGGCAUCGCCUCUGGAACUACAGUCCAUAACGAUCUAGCAGGUCUCUAAGGAUUUGGCAGCGUGCGGCAGUAACAAGUAAAAGGCUUCCAGCUUGCCGGCCCGGAAAGUGUCAGGCUACACGCAAAACGCGAUGAAACACGACCCAGAGGCCAUGCAAGGCUUCUAAUAUAUAUAAGGGAUCACAGGAAGAGUCUGUGCUGGGUGUCGAGGCCGCAGUUUACAUGGUAGCCAGUUCAAAUCAGGUGUCCCGCAGGGUCGGCAAAGCAGACAUUGCUCCGGAACCACGCGACCCUUUCCUUCGAAACAAAUUUGAUAAAAAGCAUAUAUUCAACCAUUACUAGUUAUAUAUAAAAGGGCUUAGCAUUCUGUGCACCCACGGCGCCAUAAUUUGGAGUGUCUCACAAUACCCCCUGUCUCACAAUACCCGGGGCCACCUGUAAGUGUGCGCUGUCGCUAAAUUUCUGCAUGAGGGCGUAUGUUAGCGGUUAGCUUGGAUCUUGACUAAUGACCCAGGUUUGGGUAAAGCGGUAUACAUGGAAGAUAUAAUAAACAAAACUCAAGGGGUAAGAAGCAGGUGCUUGCGCCGCUCGAAAAUAUACCGGUACGUCAUCAUGUCGUCGGGACCAAGUAAGUCGUCAGGGCCAAGCAAGCCGUGGCCCCUGGACUGUAAAAGCGGCUAAACUGAUAGUCAUUGCGGCUAGCAGUACAAUUACAAUGCAUGCCAACGCCUCUCGCAAGUCAGCGGUGUGGCCAUCCGUUGUGCAUGCCGCAACGUUGGUGUAUGCCAUAGGGAACCUGCGGCGGCUAGUUGCAUCCAGACUCUAUAAGAUUAUCUGAUCUCCACAGGAAUGGCUGGCCCUGACUGGCGGUGAUUAUUCAGGAGCAUAAACAUACAAAGCUGUGCACUUGCCUACUUUCUCUAUCUGUCUUCUGCAGCAUGGCUUCAUUGUCCACCUCUUGCAGAGUCCAUGCGAUGCGGUUUGGUCUCAUUACCUGCAAAUUUCUGUCAUAACCCACAACACGGAUCCUUUCCGAGAAACCAGGUGCCACCUGCCUCAGCCCGCCGCAUACUGGUAACACCUGAGAAAAUGCACGACACAUGGUUGCAGCGUAUACAACAUAGCCCGUCACAUUAUCCAAUAACAGUUAUGCAAAGUAUCAGCAACUUCCAUGCUUGCCUACUUUCUCUUACUUUGGCAUGCACUCCAUGCACAUUUCGCCUGUUUCUCCAGCUUCCGUCCUGCCACACUUCCUUCCGCGCCGCUAAACGAAUGCUAACUACGAUUGAGACAGGCAGCCGUACAGCGGCUUCGGCUGCCGUACAACCAACCUUGACACGUUCCGACCAGCCAAGCAAUCCUCACUCGACUCACGGUCAACCGCUACAUAUUGUGCGCCCUGCUUGUUGGUCAUGCCGCUAACGCCUCCACCCAUGCGUUCUACACGGCCUUGCCACUCCGAAAUGGCGCCGUUGUAGUGGUAUAUGACAAGUGGAGUAGCAAGGGGACCGGACACAACGUGCGCAUUGCGCACCUUGCGAAGAUCCCCAGGACGGAUCCCAGUGGCGUUUAGGCGGUAGGUGAACAUGUGCGCGUUUGCGCCUAGCGACGCAAGCUCCAGGUUAGCAAUGCCCUUGACUGCAAGGGCGGAGGAAGGAGGGAGGAGGAUGACGGCAGGAUGGAAGGCGAGAGUCGGUGGGUACAGCGCGCGGGAUUUGGGUCAUGAGGGGUUCGGAUUAGUUCGGAGCCCACAGCACGUGUACGAGAUGCCGUAAUGCUUGAGCUCAAUUCAAUUGCAGGAUGCGCUAUACUCGGCAGCAUGGCGUACGACAUACGGCAUCUCGACAUGCCAUGCUACUUCCAUCACUCCUGAAUUUCCGUGCGCACCUGUGAACCCAGAUCCAGGCGAGUCCGGUCCAGGGAAUCCCCCAUCUGGGUCACACGCGUUUGCGUUCUACCCCAACUACCGGUAUUCCAGCCUAUCUACCAUCCCAGGAACCGCACCCACCGUGCGUUGAGGGCUUCAUACACUUUGUGAACGUGUCUAGCAUGCCUUGCCCGGGCUGGCGCUCAUACACUCCCAUAGAGCCCAGUCGCACCCAAUGCGCUACAACCGCUCCGUACUGCUCGUACUGCCGUAGCAGCGCCGGCAGGCUGUAGUUGUACCUGUACGAGGGCGUUGUACGACAGCCGGCUAUCAGUGCAACAGGCGAGUACCGUGGUUCAAACGUGUGUUGUUAAGCGGUAUGAUGCGUGAAGGGCACGUGCUGGACUAAAGAGACGUCGCUUCAAGGCGCGUGCCCUGAAACUGCAUGACGGCUUGGACGUGGAAAGACGUACGGCAGCCGAAACCCACUUGGGAUCGGUAACGAUGAUGUAUUCAUCCAGAUCCGUGAAGGCCAUCCACUUGAAGUAGCCGCGGCCCUGCUCGAAGCAUUGCUGGUAAAUGCGCCCUGCAAGGCGAGAGUAAGCCCCACAUCAGCGCAAUUGCAGCCCCUCCUCCUCAGCGUCAUUAUACACUAAAGUGAAGUGAGCAGCAAUAACUAGAGUGCCAGACGUGUGGCCUUGAGGGUGCGUAGCUGCAUGCAAGGGGUUCAGCCGCCGACCCAAAUUGGAUACCGGGCCUGAGGCGUGCCCGGAAGACGUGCCCUAAUCUCUUGCCCAGAUCCUAAGCCCAUGGCUUGUAACUUCGAAGAUCGAUACGUAGGCUGGCGCAUGGGGUUGCGUAGGAAGUCGGUACCCACCUUGCAGACCGUUUGCGAACUGGCUGACGCGCGGCGACUCAGAAGUAAACAUCGUGUACUGCACCUUGCCACUUGCAGCAUAGUCUGCUAUUUCGCUGAACAUGGGUGUAGUUGAGUUGUGGUCGUAAAGGAAGAUUUUGUCGAAGCCUGAUUCGCAGCAGCAGUUGAAAGGAGGACCAGGUUAACCAAGGCGCAGCCAGGGCGCUCUAUAGGAGCUUCUAGCACCAUUGAAGGAAGAAUUACCUGCAAAUAAGUGGUACUCGACCCACUUUGGAGGAACCGAGGUUUGCGAGUCAGCCGUAGAGUCGCGGGACCCGGUUACUGACGUAAUAUGGAAACCGGUCGCAAUAUACUAAGCCUCCGACUGUCAUCACUUCGGCCUCACCUCACGUAUAUCUCUGUGGCCAUCUCGUGCUAGCAGGCAAGCCGCCAAGUACUGGGGUUCAUGGUGGGCGAGCCGGGAGGCAGUGCCAGGGUAGGCUAGCAAACAGAUUACAAAAAUUGCACGGGCAAUCAUUUCUGUCUCAGGACGUUAAUGCAGCUUUCCGAAUUUUGGCAUAAUUAAGGGAAUACUUCCCGCGCCAAAUUUCGACUACCGUACACCGUUCUUAGUAACCCCUACUGGCUCGCACGCACCGCACAUACCCAAUGUUGGUAAUAUGAGGUUUCGCCCCGCUUCGUGUCAGUUUGGGUCGUCCUACAGGAGCGUUUGUAACAGGAGUUUUCCAGCGGUUUCGCUAGGAUCAGUCCUGGGGAGUUGUUCGUCCGUUGGUCUGUCCGGUAGCUCCGUUCGAGAAUGCUGUGCCAUGGCAGAACUUCAGCCCUAGGUGGUGGUGUCUUCGUCACCUAGGCAACCCAGGUCAAGCCUCUCAGGCUACAGCCCGAGCGCAGGGGCUACUGGUAGCGGAGCGCAACGCUACCCAGUGCUGUGUAACUACCCCAGAGUUAUUUGACUGUGUUUCACAGAAUCCUCCGCUGUACACUUGCUGGUGUGCCUAAUUCGCCAGCAGCUUUGGCUUACGAGCCACUUCAGCUUGUCUGUGCCUCACCGCUUUCCGGUAGUCCUCGGAACGGCCGUUCCGAAACAAUGCUGGUAUGCUGCAGAUAACGGCUCUGCUGCGUUGAUUCCAACCGAUAACGCUGGUUGUGGCGAGUGCGUAUGCAUGUGUCCGCCUGUUCGAAAUUGCCUCGCUUUGCUGCUAAGGGGACACAAUGUGAACGAAGCGGUCAGCGAGUGGGAAAGCUAGGGAGCUGACGGUACACGCUGCUGAGCCGCUCAUAACCCGCUCUCGUGCUAUGCAAAGUAAGCAGCAUAAUGUAGCUAGGCUUGGAGCUGCUGGGGUUGUAAUAUAUGUAGGACAGCACAUCUACAACGGGAUAGGGGUUAACGGUAUGAUAGGACCUGUUGUACUGGCAGGAAGUAAGUCUGCAGGGCCAUGCUGGCACGUCUAAAGCCCACAGCAGUGUUUAUCAAUGCAUGGUAAAUGGGGGCGCUGUUGGAGCAGUGACUUCGCGUAAGGUGUGGGUGGCGUCUGCCCAAAGGGAAGGACGCACGUAUCGUGUACGGUGUUACCUAACCGUUAACCGUAUCCGGUGGUUGGGGCUUUGGUAAUGUGCAGGUAUGCCGUCAGAGACCACAAAAAAUGUUGGUCUUUGUAUUCUUCCAAUAAUUAAGACUCGUAUUUAUAACAACUGCCCCUACGCCGCCAAGCGAUAGUUUUCUUACGGACUGAAUCUUGCACCAGUUUGCAGGGAACCGUUCUGGAAGUAACCGCGUAGACAGUCCGUAGCUGAGAAGUAAUGCCUUCAAAGCAAGGCUGUCGCUUACACUGGCGGCUUUCCAACUUGGGGCACCCGAAUGCGGACCUUGACAAAUUAGUUCAAUCACAUUUGCUAAACCAUACUGUGCAAGUAUUGCUCCCCGUUGAUAGUGCCGGUGCCAAUUCGCAAGCGGUUGUGGAUUCGCAGUUGUUGGCCAUGCUGCCACCGGAUGAAGGCUACCAGGUUAUCCGUGCCAGCUUGGCGGACAUCCUCGCCCAGGUGUUGAACACAUCCAUCGUAAUGCAAGAAGGCGCCAGCGUACAGGCAUUAUCACUCGCUGAUCGCAUCGAAAGCAAUCAUGCGGUCGCUAUCACGCCCGACGGAAUGCUUCAUCUGGCAGUGAGCAGCGAGGUCUACUCACGUUUAGGCCUCACAGGCACCCAUAGCCCCAGCAAUAGAGAUCGCUACAACGUAAGUUUGGACCUGAAAGCCAAGUCGAUGCAGCCGGGGCAGGAGCGGUACGCGCAGGUACUUGCGAAGCUGCGGACGUGCUUUCCCCCGCAGGCCUUCCUGGCGCGGCUGGAGGUGGGCGGGCGGCUACGGCAGCUGGGACUGCCGCGCGAGGUGCUCACACCGGCGUAUGGCCUGGAGUCCUGGAUGCCGCUGGAGGCAGAGAGCCGGACCCAGCCGGGGCUGCUGCUGCCCCCCCUCGCCCGGGAUACCUUUGAGCGACUGGGCGCUGUAGAGGCAGGCGCACAGUCGGCAGCAGCAGCAGGGUUGGGACCAAGUGGUGGAGGGGAUGGAGGCACGGCGCUAGAGGGAGAGGAGGAGGAGGAGGUGGGGCCGUCUCGUAAUCAUCAACGAGAUCACCACCGUCAGCAGCAGCAGCAGCAGCAGGGUCGGGACCGGCAGCCGGACUGGCAGCUACGGCAGGUUAUUUCGGGGCUGCAUACCUGGCUGGGUGCCCUCGCAUGCGGAUUAGGCCCCGCCACCUGCAACGAGCUGCUGCCGGUGGAGCUGCUGCCGCCGCACUGGGAGGAUGCACCGCAGGCCGUGCAGGAGGAGGAGGAGCAGCGCCUCACCGGCACCCUGGUCAGUCGCAGCUGGAGGGGGAUGCUGUCGCACAGCCAGGUGCGCCAAGUGCUGGCCUCCACUAUCCAGCUGCUUGAGCCCCAGCCCCAGUUGCAGCACCAACACCAACAGGUGCCGCAACCAGAGCAGCAGCACCAACGUCGUGUGCCCUGGGCGGUGGUCAACGUGUGGGGCUUUGCGGACACGCCCGUGGCUUGGGCGGGUCUGGAGCACGGGGCUGCAUGGAGCGGCUGCAGCAGCAGUGGGGGUGCGGGCGAGAGCUGCUACAGCGUGUUGCUGCUGCCCGGGGGAGACUAUUGUGUAUUUAGGGCGCUUGGAUCCAACGAAAUGCCUUUGAAAGGGGCACGUGUGUAGCUAGGUGACGUUUUGAUCCGGUGGUGGGGUAAAGGCAGUGGGGCUGGUUGGAUGUCGAGGUCUGGAGGGGCGCCUUGGGGAGAAUGCCGGUAUACCGUGGAUAACCUUACAUUGUCCGGAUCGGACCGUAUAUGUUAUUUAAUUGCUGUGGUGUUGGUUAAAAGAUGGCGGCGGGGACAAUUAUAUCUAAAGGGUGUCUGGGAAGGGGGUCAUGAAAGCGCGGGAAAGCACGGUUGGUGGGGUUAGAAGGCUCGGCAGCCUGUUGCAUUCCUGGCAUCUGGUAUGAACAUUUAUCCAUGCCACGCACCAAGGAGAAAGUGUGUUGCACGGUUGGUGCGACUGAAUGAAUGACGCGUUGGUCCACCCCGGUAAUUGGGGUCGAAACCCUCGCCCUAAAGGAAUGGCAGACACGACCAGUAUUUCGGCAGGCGCUCCUACUGUCACCCGUAAAAAUCAGUACAG